AUGAAGCGCAUGCUGAUUGCAACAAUCCACGGGCUCUAUGUGCAGGCGCUGGGCAGUCUGCCCACGGCGGAGCUAUGCAGCCGGUACCACCGCAGCUUGCUCCUCGGUGGCUACUGCUACGGUCCGCUGGAUCCUGUAUCUAAUAUCAUCGUCAAUACAAUCUGGUACGAGCAAAACUUCCCGACGGGCAAACAAUUUUCAGUAUCCAUGAUUAGCACUCAGAUGUCAGAUGAUGUGGCGCAUUGCGGCCCAAUCACUCUAUGGCCUCGUAUCCUUUCUCUGCACUCGACACCAAGGCUUAGUGCUGCCGGAGAAAAGCCUCUAUAUGUUUCGGAUUCCAGUACAUUUCCUAACAGUCCUGCAACUGAAGAAAUCACACGAGUUGCCAGCGUUGUUGAAGCAUAUACUGCCGCGGCCACAGCUACAUUUCACUCCUUCCCUAACUCCGUCCCUCUUGCACACCCAGAGUUCCUUGCACAUCAAGGGUUUGGGUCUGCCUCAGAGGAGGGUCGCUUGUUUGAACUUCAUAUCAUCUUUGGUUUCAAUGAGUUUGUAUCUGGCCCUGUGCACAGCAUGGAGAAAGUUGGAGACUAUAAUCCAUGGACUCCUGACAAAUAUUGUCACACCCAUAUUAACUUUCUAGCAAUUUGCAAAGACCGCCCAUAUGAUCCUCCAACCAUCUUCUUUGCUGAAUGUGGCAAAGAUGGUGCUGAUACCUGUUGGUGUGUCCCUAUUAUUCCGCAAAAACCAAAAGCUGAACAACCUCGUUGCGUAUACUGUGAGCAUCGAGCUAACAGGAUUGUGCAUCCAGCUAUGGAGAGUUUCUACGGUCGUGACGAGUUUGAUAAGCUAUUUUAUGAAUCAGAUCGAAAAUUCUAUACCAAUAAUGGGGCCAUCGAACAUAGUAGAUUAGAUAUAAAUUGGGUGCAUGGUGUGGAAGAUGGUGCCGUCUACCUCAACUACUACCCAGAUGGUGAUGAAGCUGACUGGAUACAGAUUUCUUGA